UAGUCUGUGGGACAGACAGCAGGCAAAAGGGCUGUGAGCUUGUAAGAAGGAGCUGUAGGGCUUGCAAGCUUUGCACUACCAUAGUGUCAUCCUGUAUGUGCGCAGCCUGCGGUCUUGCCCUUGCAAAAUGAACCAGCCCGCAGCCAGCUUGUGCUCCAGGAAAAAUUCUGACCCUCUUUCAAUGAAGGACUUUUGGCUGGAGGUGGAAAACAUCAAACAGAUGCGUGCAUCUGAUGGGUAUGAGAGCAGCUCCUCUGAGCCCAGCACCCCAGAAGAGGGAGAGGCAGAAGCCAAUUGGCUGCAGGAUGCUGGUCUUUCUCCACUAAUUGAUGACCAAAGUUCCACAGAAGACAAUGUCUUCAUUUUGUCGACCCUUACCAGAACACAGACUGCAGCUGUACAACGACGCGUUGACAGCUACAGCCAGUCACUCCGGAAGCGUUCCAAGCAACCAACCCGUGAUGUCAGGGAUGUGUUCACUAGAGUAAGCAGUGUUGAGAGCAUCUUAGAGGAGAAUGGGACAGACAAUAGUAUCAGAACAGAAGAGGGGAGAAGCUCCAAUGAGAGCAGACCAGAAACUCCUCCCAGUCUAUGCAGAAGGACUGGAGCAUCUGUAUUUGUCACAGAAGUGGCCUAUUCGGAGCAAGCAGCAGCUGAACACAACGAGAAUUGCAGGACAAUGUGGCAACCGGAGUCUUUACCUCAAAUUCAGAUCCAAAAGGGGCGACUUGGUGUGACAAAGAUUUCAGACCUAUCACCUUCUGACAUGAAGCAGGUGCCUGCACUAGCCCUCAUAGAGUUGACUGCACUGUGUGAUGUUUUAGAACUGGAACUGAAACGAAAUAAAGCAGCCAAGCGUAAGGCUACCGAGAGUCGGCUAUUCGGCGUGUCGCUCACCACUCUACUUGAACAGGACCGAAAGCUGAUAACUAACACCCAGGUCCCACUCAUCCUGCAGGCGAUUCUCAGUUGUCUGGAAAAAAAGGGCUUGGACUUUCAGGGUAUUCUAAGAAUUUGUGGCUCACAGACACGGAUGAAGUCCCUACAGCAGAACCUGGAGAGAAAUUUCUAUGCUGGACUCUUCUCUUGGGAUGAUGUUAACCCUCAUGAUGCUGCUGGUCUCCUCAAGAUGUUCCUCCGAGAUCUUCCUACCCCCUUACUCACUACUGAAUAUCUACCGGCAUUCACAGCUGUGCAGCAGAUAUCUGACCUAAAACAAAGACUCCAAGCUCUGAACCUCCUGAUUAUGGUCCUUCCGGAGGUGAAUCGCUGCACUUUAAAGGCCUUACUUGAGUUCCUUCACAAAGUGGCUUCUCAGGAAAAGACUAACCUCAUGUCUUUGUGGAAUAUUGCCACCAUUAUGGCACCUAACCUUUUUCUGUAUCGUGGGAGCAGUGGCAAGAACUCAGAGGGUGGGGAGAAACUGCUAGCGGAGGGAGUGGCUGGCCUGGUCAUGGCCAUGGUUCAUUAUCAGGACUUACUGUGGACGGUCCCCACCUUUCUGCUAUCCCAGGUACGAAAGCUGAAUGAGAAUAGUGUUAAGAGAUUCAACGACCGCCGGCUACUGAACUUCUUACGUAAAAUCCACUCUGACAAGGAAAGGCCAGAGAAGAAUCAGACCAAGCCCUGUAAACAAGUACAGAUUCGGGCUUCCCUAUUCCUAAAUGACUCUCUGGCCGUUCGACUGGAGGAAGACUUGCAAGCAGCAGACAUCUUAAAGAAAUUUCAGGAGCACGUGACAAAACGUAGCUGGCAGAUGAUCAACACUAUGGGGCUGAUAAAAUGUAAUGGUUCCUUUGCGUUUCCCAACCUGGAGCUGUAUGAAGUAGGAGGGAAUAUAGGUGAACACUGUUUGGAUCCCGACACCUACAUGCUGGACUUAUACAAUGCCAAUCCUAAUGGAGAAUGGGUGAUUAAACCCGGUCCUCAUUCAAAGCCUAUUUCAUAGGACUAUGUGGCUUGUUUGUGUUUGUACUGUAGACAGUGCUGGAAUUGCAGAUCCCUAGAGGAUUGUUUAUCCAGGUGAUUGUGUCCAGGAAUAAGAUUGGGAAUCUUGACGAAUUCUUCAAAGAUUUGUGAAGUCUCCAUUUACGUAGGAUUCUCUGACACGAGUCUGUCUAGUGGUCUUACAUAUUUUCCCUAGAGGAGGGUGCAAUGCAAACAGCCCGGUUGGAAAUGUGAUGAUCUGAGCUUAGGUCUCUAAAGGCCUUCAUAUCUGUAUGUGAGAAAGAUCUACAAUGCAGAUUUUCCGGUUGUUCAACAUCUGCAGUACAAAUGCAGGGCAAAGUGUUCAUUCCAGGAGGUAAAGAGCAUAUGGUUACAAAAUGGAAGCAGGGAGAUGCUGAUCUGUGCCACCAGAGGGCCUCUGUCUCCGCUUUGUGCUUUCUAUGCACAGGUUUGUGAGAUCCCUUCUCAUGGACUGCACAGACAAAUUGGUUAUUUCUGGAUAUUGACACAGAGCUACUUUCUAUUUUUUUUAAUUUUUUUUAUAUGCAACAAUUGUAUUUAAUACUUCAAUUAAACAUGGUUUUAUUGAACAUUUACUAAUAAAAAUGUUUCUGACACUUA